UAACGGCCGAGACACACACCAGGAACUCGGCUGAUUUUUCGCCAGCGUCGAUCACACGCGCGCGCUCGCCCGAUCGGCUUUCACGAUCGACGAACUUGUUCGUAUGUCGCAUGCGGGAUCGACGUUCGAGUUGAGUUCUUCUUUAUUCGAGAGUUACCCGCGCUCAGUCGAAUCGCAGACAUGGCCGUCUUAGUUGUCUUAGUCGUUUCCUUCGCGAACGCCUUGAGCGACGCGGCCUCCAUCGGCUAUGUAUCCGGUACCACCUCUGGGCCGAAGGAUCUCUGCGACAGCCAAGUUUAUUGCGAAAGCCCGCUGUUGGAUACGGUGCAGCGCUUCGGGAAUUUUAACGACAGCAAAUUCUUCGUAGAUCUUUACCAGCUUAACGAUCCGGAUGUAACAGUUGACAAUUUCAACGCUUUCAUGAAAGCUACCAACAACUCGCCAAAUUCCACUGAGGUAGACAUAUUCGUCCAGGAGAAUUUUGCCAUGCAGGAUGAACUGGAAAAUGCAACGUUACCCGACUGGAAGGAAAACCCCGCCAUUUUACGACUCAUUCAAGACCCCAAGUUUCGCGAGUGGGCGAAAGAUUUGAACAAGAUCUGGAGGAUGCUGGCGAGAAAGAUAAAGAGCGACGUGAUAGUCAAUCCGCAGCGGCACAGUCUAAUUUACGUGAAUAACACUUUUAUUAUUCCCGGGGGACGAUUUAAAGAAUUUUAUUACUGGGACAGUUAUUGGAUAAUCGAGGGACUGUUACUGUGCGACAUGCAUGUCACUGCUAAGGGAAUGAUCGAAAAUUUUCUCUCCAUGGUGGAGAGAUACGGUUUCGUUCCAAACGGCGGCAGGGUUUAUUACCUCUCAAGGAGCCAACCACCUCUGUUAAUAUCGAUGGUUGCAAAAUACUACGAGACCACGCCUAACGACUACGAGUUCCUGAAGAAAAACAUACAUCUUCUCGAGACCGAGUUCAAAUACUGGCAUAACGAGAAGACAGUGAACGUGACAAAGAACGGUAAGACCUACACGAUGGCGCAUUACGUCGUAAACAGCCGUGGACCGCGGCCGGAGAGUUACAAAGAGGAUUACUCGCUGGCGCAACAAUUGCCGGAACAGGAGCGAGGAGCACUUUACAACAACUUGAAAGCCGCUGCGGAAAGCGGCUGGGACUUUUCUUACAGAUGGUGCGUUGUGACCAACAAGAAUGCUAACCUCAGUCUCGUCAACGUCUCCACGAGCAAUAUUAUACCCGUUGACUUAAACGCGAUAUUAGCAAAAAACGCCAGAUUGCUUGCCGAGUUUCAUGAUAUCCUGGACAACCCGGAGAAAGCCCAGUAUUAUACCAAAAUCGCGACGGACUAUCAAGCUGCCAUCGACAACAUUCUGUGGAACGAGGAUGAGGGAGUCUGGCUCGAUUAUGACGUAGAAAAUGAACGAGCUAGAAAUGCAUUCUAUCCCUCGAACUUGACGCCUCUGUAUACGAUGAACUAUAAUAAGUCAAAGAAAAAUGAAUACGCACAAAGGGCUGUUGAUUACCUAAAAAAAAACAAGAUCGAAGCCUUCUUUGGUGGCACGCCAACCUCCGUGAACCAGACCGGCGAGCAGUGGGACUUCCCUAACGCGUGGCCGCCAUUGCAGUCCUUUUUGGUUAAAGGUCUCCAUCAAACGUCAACGAAAGAAGCGAUGGACUUCGCUAGAGAGCUGGCCAGCAGAUGGCUCAGGUCGAAUUACAUCGGUUACGACGAGUACGGCAAGAUGUUUGAGAAGUACAACGCGAUAGUUCCUGGAAGCAGUGGCGGCGGCGGCGAGUACAAUGUUCAGGACGGCUUCGGAUGGACGAACGGCGUUGUCUUUGAGUUCCUCCGCCUUUACCCGGACGCCACGUCCUCGGACAUCGAAUACGACGAUGGUAACAACGUUAGCAGAUAAUACAGAUGGACGGAUAAUGAAUCAAUUGAUAACAUAUAACUAAUUGAUCGCGCAAAAGAGCAUUACGCGGUUAUGUCACUGCUACGUCUACGUAAACACGCAGAUAACUGAACGUUUACAUAGAAACUGAGCGUUUUAUAAUGAAUCUAGUCUAUAACGUAAUCCAGGGCAGUCUAAGAAAAAAAAGAAGAAAAAGAAAAGGAGAAGAAACACUCGCUAUAGUUUCGUAAAUUAAGUUACGCUGGAAUUCGUAAUUGUUGCAGCCGUACAGCUUGACGUGCCUCUAAUCGAUGCAAAAGUGUUGUAAGUAAAGAAAGAAAAAUAAACAACAAAAAACAAUGAGUUAUUGCUGUCAGAAAAAAGAGUACUAUUGACGGGGAAGCAAACUUUGGGAGAACAUUUUCCUAUUUCCUCAGUAACUUUUUCAAGAUCUCUAAAAUAAUUUUCGGGAUUUCAAAUAUGAGCCUGCAAAAAUGGAAUUUUAUGGAAUUUAUUAAUAAUUAUGAUGCGUAUAUGAAAAGCAUCAAAACGUAUGAAAACCGAUACUAGCUUAUUAGAAGACCAAUAUAUAUUCUUAAACUAUGAAUUCAAUAUACUAUCUAAUUUAUUGUGAAGAAUAUGAGCCUUUAAUGUAGAUACGAUUUUACUCAUACGACAGUUCUUUUGAUUUGCUCCAAUUUCUGAAACUGUCAGAUCGAUAUUAGAUAAAAAAUUUGUGUUAUUUAUGCCUUUCAUAUAUCUCUUUUUUCAGGCACUAUACUUUAUAUAUAUCAUAUUUCAGGCACUAUACUUUUGGUUUGCAAGAAGAAAGACUUUCUAUGUUAUGUUUCAUGAAACGGCCUGUUCUCUGUGAAAACAGGCUCUUCACAAUACUGUGCAUCACAACCACUUGAAUCAGAUAUCGGAUUAAUGCGAGUUGAGAGUUUUCUCCGUGACGUUAUGGUUGCACUACGGUAUGUAACCGUAUCGAUCUAUUUUGUUUAGAGCGCUAUGUGCGCUGACUAUCUGAAAAUUCUAUUUUUUUCCUCUCCGAAAACAGUUGGUACUGUCAUGGGACGCAUAAACGUUGCAUUUAUGAGCGUAAAAUCCGCAAUAGAUAACUCUGACGGCUAUAAAAUUCGAUAUUUUAGUUUAUAACUCUGUCGCAAUGAUUAUAUAUCUGUCAUACGAUAUUAUGCAGCGUUAUACACGCAAAUUACGAGUUAUUGAUUAUUGUGUGGAUUUUAUAGGUGAAUAGUACCAUUCCGCGCUCAUGGUUACGCCACGUCAAAAUAAUUGAUUUCUCCGUUAUAUCUGUUUGUUUGCCUCACAAUAAUUUGGCUAAUGCGUUUAAUUACUGAACGAACGUGGGUAAUACACAAGUAUGAUUGUUCCGAUGUGUGUGAAUAAUUCCAAUCCCUUUCUCUCAUGGGAGAAGACGCGUGGAUAUAGACUCGAGAAAACUAAACAUUUCUUAACUUGUCCGAGCAAGAAGUUAAAAAAGAACUGUGCUCCAGACGAGAAUAAACCGGGGGAACGUAUUUUCAUGCAGCGAAAAUCGAUCUUAUUCGCGUUUCGCGUGAGAAGGUAGGAAUAACGGAGCAGCGUCCUUUCCAUUGUUAUCGGUUGACGUUACUCGCUUAUUUCGCGACUUAUACGUUUACGACAUGGCUCAUAUAGUUUGCAGCACUUUCAUUCUGGCUACCUUUAACGCGCGCCGCUCGUAAAACGUGGCGACGUCAUCUUCAAGCACUCUGGCUGACAUCCGGCUCGUGGAUAUAAUCGUAAGUGGUGCGCGGUAUGUCUAGAUUAAAACUCGCGUCCCGAUUUUACGCCGGGACGUUAUUGAAUCAUUACUAUCGCGUUCGGCUAUUACAAAUGCAUUAUCGUGUCGGAGCGUAAGAGUAAGUCCAUGAGUGUAGCUCCUGAUGCACCACAUAUCGCGUCACUCUGUCAGCUUCAAUGCACGAGCACUAUAUCAUUCUUUAAUUCGUGAUUUCAACAUUAAUGUGUGUGUGUCGAAAAUUAAAAAUUGAUUCUUCCAAUCUUAUGAUAUAAAAUCUUAUGAUGUUUCUUCUUGCUUUCCAGCGGACCUCUGUUUAAUUGUUAUUAAUUUGCACAUUUGGUACAACACACAUAUUGCAUGUACACGCUUAAAUUUCAGUUUCAAGUUUUAUUUUAUACGUCAAAAGCUUGCAGCAUAUAUUGCACGCGCUUUUAUCGCACUCGCAUUACAUUCACGCACUUGCAGUCCAUUGUAAUGCGUACGUUUUUUACGCGACGUAUAAUCAAUUAGACAUUUCGCGAUAAUUUGGUCGAGCAACAUAGUAACUCCUGCCCGCCCAUCUUUCCCGCCGGCAAGUGCAACGCACUCACCAGCGUUCGAUGAAAAUCUCGAACGCAAUAUUCAGCGAUAUGUAAAACGGCUGCUUCGGUCAGCUGUAAUCGGGCGGAAAAUCGAAG